AUGGAAGGUUGCUGGAGAAAAUGGUUUGGUUUGAAGCUCCCAGCAGUGGGUAUGAUGGAACACCGGAAUGCUGAAUCUAUCCAGGAUGAAAACGUUCAAGCUGCAUCUCCGGUGCACCAUCAAUACAGCAGGGAGAGGCUCCUGGAGUUGAAGAAAGUACCAGCUGCCAGAAGCAAACCAUGUGGACUUUCGAAAGAAUUUUAUACACCUGAUGGUAUUUGGGAUCCUGAAAAGUGGUUCAAGGCUUUCAGUGCUUCCCGAGAAGGCUCACCAUUGACAGUCGGUGAUGGACGGGAACGCCGGCGCCCUACUGACCUUGACAGAGAAUCUCUGUUCAGGCGUCGACUUUCCGAUCCUAAAGAACGUUUGAGGGAAGAAAGAGAUUGUAUUGUGCUAAGCCCUCAACGGAGAAGCUUUGGAACUGGCUGCCAUGUAACACUUUCGGGCAUAGGGAGACAGAUCAGUUGUCCACCAGACUUCAAGGAUUCGGGAGGGCAAAGCAGAGAACGAACUCGUAGAAUUGGCAGUGGUCGUAUUCAAUUAGAAAAAGAUCACAACUCCAGAUAUGAUAACCGUGAGGAACGCUUUGAAAGAAAUGACAGUCGAGCAGAAGGUUUCAGGUCUAGUGUACACGACAGGAGAGACCUAUCUCAUCGUAGGAUGAAUCCUUCUGGUAGACGUCGCAGUUUUCGUCGGCAAGAAGAGGAUGCCACUCCAGAGUGGUUCACAGACGGGCCAAACAGCCAGGCUGACACCAUUGAAUUACGAGGUUUUGAUGGUGUCGGGGACCAGCAAGAGGAAGAUAUUGAAGAAGAACUUCAGAUUGGAGGUGUCAAUCGAAAGGAAUUCCUUGAACAUAUUGAUGAAGAAAAUAUAUCUAACAUCAGUGUUUCAGAAAGGAAUGGUAGUCUGGAAACAAAUGAGUCCAGCUCUCCUGAAGAUUCUCCUCCCUCUGACAAUGUCCAUGGAACUCCUCCACAGACAUCCUCUCUGUUUGAUUUUGAUCAAUUUAUUCAAAUCCACAUCCCCAUGCUUGGUUUGAUGCCUGAUGGUGGUGGCGAGGAAUCAGAAGCCAAUCAAGGUAGCAGGUUCAGUCGCUGGUUCAGUCGAGCAUCGAACCAAGGCAGUCGUACCAACAGUAGACGGUCCUCUCUUACUGAUGAAAAUGGUUUCCUUCAAGAUCUGAUAGAAACCCAAAGUCCAACCACAAUUUCUUCUUCCUCCACCUCCCCUACAGUGCUGGGGACAUUAAGUUUACCUCCACCCUCGCAGGACCCUCAUCUCCAACAGCAUUCAUCUCUUCUCCGUCAGUCCCAUACAUCAGCUGCACUAUCCCAACAGUCACAUCCACCACAGCCAUUGCAACAGGCUCCACCACAGUUACAUCAACAAUUACAUCAACAACAUGAGGACAAGAACCCAUCUUUGUUUUCUGUGAGCACUCAUCCAUUGGAUAGAAGCUCUCCUCCUUCACCACAACACAAAAAGGACUGUCAACCCCCUGCCCUCCCCUCCCCCACAACUGUUGCCUCGACACAUUCGACUAACAUUCUUCAGUGCAAGAUGAGCCUGUUGGACUCAUAUAAUCAGCAUCAGCCCAAGAACUCUGUGCUGAACUCCCUUUUCAGUUUAAACAGUGCCAUGAUGGAAAAACCAGAUGCAGGUCGCAGUUGUAGUCCUAGUGGUCCGGGUGUAAGUGCCCAGGAUGCAUCUGCUCAGCUAAAAGCAUUACUGUUUGGUAAAGAAAGAAAUGAAAGUGUUAGUGCUUCUCCAACUCCAAAUAUGCCACCUUACAAUAUGCCUGGACAAGUGAAGACUUUGGCUGAAAUUGAGGCUGACAUGCACCAACCACCAAGCAAUAACGGUAUAGUGUCUGUCAGUCCUGUCAUGGAGGUACCCGAUUGUAGUGGGGACAUGUCUGCAUUUAACAAACUUCUAUCCAUGAUGAAGGCAGCAGCAGUAGAUAGUUCAAAGACUCAAAUGCAGGAUAGAUCACCAGCCACCAGUGUUCCUCCACCUCAAACCAUUCCUUAUAAUUUGAUAUCGGGUCAGAAUGAGUUUCUACAUGCCCUGAGUCGUAAUAAGGAACGUCAACUUCAAAUCCAGCAACAGACGUUGCAGCAGAUCAGGAUGCAACAGAUGCAACAACAAAUGCAGCAACAAGCUAGUCAAUCACAGCAGCAUUCGGCAGGACCACCACCACCUCCCCCUACUACGGGUGGCAGUGGGACCACAGUAGGCAAUGCUACAAUUAGUUGCACCCAGUAUCCAUCUGGGCAGCAGGCAUCAUCAGAUGCCAUUUUGAAUUUCAUUAAACAAAACCCUGCCAUCAUCACCAAGCCUGCCUCUCCCAGCCCACAAUUAGCUGCAGUCUUACAGCAGACAGCAUCAAGGACCCAGUCUCCAGGAGCGCCACCUCUUCAUUCAGGGCCACCAACACAGUUUUUGCAACAGAAUUUGCUGGCAGCCCAACAGAGUCCUAUGCACUCAACAUCCCAACAAAGAAUACCUUCUCCAAUCAUGUUCAGCCAACAACCUCCUGUUCAUUUAAGUGCUCCAGCACCAGUGCACCCAAGUCCACUUGUGCAGAGUAGCCUUGCUCAACCAGUCAAUACAAACCUAACUAAUGUGGGUAGCGUACGUCCACAAGGUUUGCUGCACAGAGUGACGAGCCCCCAGGAAAUGGCUUCUGUACAGUCUCAAGUUUUAACACAAAUCGCCAUCAAGAAAAAGAAAGAACUUGAUGAUCAGAAGGAACGUAUUCUUAGAAAACAGCAAGCGGAUAGGUCAAAAUCACCUGUUCAUUUUCUAAACCAGAGAGGAAUACCUACACCUGUGAAUGUUAAUAGCAACAAAACCUCAGUAUCUGUAUCUUUUACCCCAACCUCAGUGAUCCGCAAAAUGCACUCAGAAAAAGCUGUGGAAAAAGAGCGUCAGGCCAAACAGGAUGGAUGCAAUACAAACAGUUAUUCAGCUCAAAAGUCUCUCGUUAAGAGUCAAAUGUUUGGUGACAAUGUUUUGAAAGAUGUCUACCUCAACAGCUGUGCUGAGCUGACAUCUAAUGGCAGUCAAAUGCAUGGCUCAUGUGAUAGUGGCGAUAAGGAGCUUAGUGAUUCCUAUGGUCCUGGGUCAAUGAACGGCCCCUCUCUGAAGAAUCAGGAUGGUGGAGCAGCAGUGAGCAUUGUUAAUCUCUCUCAUGGUCAGCAACAGUCCCAUACCAACCUUCCGAUGGAUUCCAGCAUUGUUGCAGGGAGCAUGAACAUCAAUGUCACCAGCAGUUCUUCGGUAACUUCCUCUCCAACUUCAUCUGCAAAGUCUUCUAAGUCCACUAGUCAUGAUACAUCAUUAUCAGGCAAUGCCGGGGAAAUACUGGCAGCACAGCUUCUCAACCAUGAACAAAAUUCAAGUCCUUCUCAAGCAUCUUCAAGCAGCCCGUGUGACCAGUCCAAAUCUGUUAGAGCCCUAAUGGGCCAAGGCAUGAUGCAGAAUCUCUCGGUGCAUAUGCAGCAAAAUGUACCGUCCACUGCUGCUACCAGUGCAGCCCAACAGUUAACUGCAACUUUAGCUGGACGGCCUAUUGUUAAAGGCAAUAUGAAGUCUGCAAAUCCUCUUUGUCCAGUUGCUGGCCUACAGUCUUUGCCUUCAGCGGCCGCUGCUGGCAUUGCCCGCUCCCUCAGUCUGAACAGCACUUCAUCUCCAUUUGGCAUUCCAGUCAACAGCCGAGUGCCUCCUCCUCUGCAGUCAAAUGCCAUCCCACCCAACAUUGGAGUGCACCCUGCCAAUAUUCAGAUGCAGUUAAUGUUUCAAGGAAUGAAUCCAUUGGCUGCAAUGCAUGCUCAUCGUUCUGCAGGACUAGAAUCUCGUUUUCCUAGUGGUAUGAGAGGUGUGUACCCUGGUAUGGUAGCACCAAUGUUAAGUUCAAGAGCCUCAUUGGCGGCAGCGGCAGCUUCUUCCAUUGGAGUACCUUCGAAUCCAGCAGCUGGAGGAGUCGUCAAUGUUGGAGUGGGACGAGCUGUCUCACCACAAAUCCCUUCUCUUCAUAAACAAGUGACUGUUCCUGGUAACAAUGGCCAGAAAACAAGUCUUCAAUCAUUGGGUCUGUCCAACACUGGUGGUGCGGAUGUGCUAAAGUGGUUUGACAGUGAAGUUCUUCGAAACCAGCUUCCCAACAUGCCAUUGCCACCCCAGGGACAGAAAGUUGUCACAGUGGAUGAACUUGAACGCUGCCAACAAGCAGUGUCUAAUUAA